AUGUGCCUUAUCUUGGACAAACAUGUUAAAACUUUAAUCUUUUCCCCACAGACAUGGUUUGAUAACAUGGGCCGAGCAGGCGAGUAUAAGAUCAAACCCUUUGAUGGCGAUGACUACACCUGCAUCACGUUCCAGCCGGAUCUGGCAAAGUUUAAGAUGCAGGCAUUAGAUAAAGACACUGUCGCACUGCUGACUCGACGAGCAUAUGACAUCGCUGGGUCCUCUAAGGGUGUCCGUGUCUUUCUCAACGGCAAGAAGCUGCCUGUUAAUGGUUUCCGUAGCUAUGUGGACCUGUAUCUAAAGGAUAAGGUGGAUGAGACCGGUUCUCCCCUGACAAUAGUCCAUGAGAUUGUGAAUGAGCGCUGGGAGGUGUGUCUUACCCUUAGUGAUAAAGGGUUCCAGCAAGUCAGCUUUGUUAACAGCAUUGCCACGACUAAGGUAAACAUCUUCAGCUUUGCAAUUUGGCAUUAUGUUCAGUUUUCAAAAG